CUCUCUCUCUAUCCAGCACUGCUCGUAGUAGGUUAGUCGACCUUCAUGCGACAUUCAGUACAUUUUCUGUUCACUCGGAGUGAAAAGUAGCAUUUACUAGCAGAACAGUUUCAAUCAUAAUACAGCGAGCCGGUUGAAAAUAGACAAAUCAUAUUCAUUCAUUUAUAUCAGUAGCAGUGUCAUCGUUGUCUGUCGAAAAACAGAAUAUUAUCUUGGAGCUGUACCAUUCGGCAAGUCAUGGCUAUCACAAUUAAAAUAGUGACAACCACUCCAUUUGAAGGCCAGAAACCAGGCACAAGUGGACUCCGUAAAAAGGUCAAAGUGUUUACCCAGCAGAAUUAUACCGAGAAUUUUGUUCAAUGCAUUCUGGACGCUAACGGUGCUUCUCUGGCCGGUUCCACUUUGGUGGUUGGCGGCGAUGGUCGUUUUUUCUGUCGGGAAGCUUGCGAACUAAUUGUUCGCAUUUGUGCCGCCAACGGAGUGGCUCGGAUUUUGGCCGGUCAGAAUGGUAUUCUAUCGACACCAGCCGUGUCCAGCUUGAUACGACGAAACAAAGCUCUUGGGGGAAUCGUACUGACAGCUUCGCACAAUCCGGGUGGUCCAGAAAAUGAUUUUGGAAUCAAGUUUAACUGCGAGAAUGGUGGCCCUGCCCCAGAUCAGUUCACUAACAAAAUCUACGCCCUGUCCGAAAAAAUCAAGGAGUAUAGAAUCGCGGAAGGGCUAGCCAUUGACGUUGCUAAAAUUGGAGUCAACAACUAUGAGGUCGAAGGAAAACCGUUUGUUGUAGAGGUUAUUGAUUCAGUUGCUGAUUAUGUUCGACUGAUGAAGGGAAUAUUUGACUUCGAUAAACUGAAAAAUUUUGUUAGUGGAAAAUCCCGCAACGGCCAACCUUUGAAAAUGCGAAUCGACUCCAUGAAUGGUGUAACUGGAAGUUAUGUUAAUGAAAUUUUUGUCAAUUGUUUAGGAGCGUCGAAGGAUGGAGUUGUUCACACGACUCCACUUCCUGACUUUGGAGGUCUUCACCCAGACCCUAAUCUUACCUAUGCAAAAGAUCUAGUUGAUACAGUUCGCACUGGAGACUACGAUAUUGGAGCGGCAUUUGAUGGGGAUGGUGAUCGCAACAUGAUCAUCGGACGGAAUGCGUUCUUCGUAACACCUAGUGAUUCGUUGGCCGUUAUCGCGCACUACCUCGAAUGCAUACCUUACUUCAAAAAGAACGGAAUAACAGGAUUGGCCAGAAGUAUGCCAACUGCUUCCGCCGUUGAUUUGGUCGCCAAAGCUCUCAACAAAGAGUUAUUUGAAGUUCCGACCGGAUGGAAGUACUUUGGAAAUUUGAUGGACGCCGGUCGGCUUUGCCUGUGUGGAGAAGAAAGUUUCGGCACUGGAUCAGAUCACAUUCGUGAGAAGGACGGUAUCUGGGCUGUUUUGGCAUGGUUCUCCGUUCUGGAACACACUGGAAAGAGUGUUGAGGAAAUCUGUGUACAACAUUGGAAGCGCUAUGGGCGAAACUAUUUCACUCGUUACGAUUAUGAGGAGUGUGAUCUAGCCCCUUGCAAUGAGAUGAUGGCCACCCUCGAGAAGACCAUCACCGACUCUGGUUUCCCGGGCAAAGAUUUCUCAGCAGGUGGCAAAACCUACAAGGUUAAGCUGGGCGAUAACUUCAGCUACAACGAUCCAAUUGACAAGUCCGUGUCGACGAAGCAGGGCCUUCGUAUUGUAUUCACCGAUGGUAGCCGCAUUGUGAUGCGUCUCAGUGGAACCGGAAGCUCCGGUGCAACCGUUCGACUAUACAUCGAUUCAUACGAGAAAGAUAACGUGCUGGGUCAAGCUGCGGAUAUGCUCAAACCACUCAUAGAUAUUGCCUUGGAUAUCUCGAAGUUACCUACCUUCACAGGGCGCAAUGCUCCAACGGUAAUUACGUAAACUGAAGGAGAUAUAAUAAUAAUAAUAAGCUAAACUAAGUCAUCAGAAAAUUAUAUUCAGUCAGUUUAAACAAAAGAAAUAAUCUGUUAAACGGAUCUGUUAUCAUAGUGGUUAUCAAUUGUUUUCAGAAACAACUGCGCCAAGUUGUUUACUGAGAAUGCAUGUCAUCUUUUAUUUUUAUUUUAGUUCUCUUUCGUUCACUACCAUUAGCAAUUGUUGGGAUGCAUUCAGAGCGCCAUUAUCAUUUCGUGCAAUUUGUUUUUUUAAAUAGUAGCGCGACAAAUAAAGAUAGUUGGUUGAACAAA